AUGCAGUCCAUCAGAGACAUGAAGUCCAACUUUAUUGCUCCACCCUCCUCCUCUAUUCCCGGUGGUCCCGACGCCUAUCACCAAGGCAACAUCAGGAUGACUCUGGAGGACCCAGAACUCUGGAAGUCUUUCCAUGAAAUUGGAACAGAGAUGAUUAUCACUAAACCGGGCAGGAGAAUGUUUCCACACUGUAAAAUCAACCUUUCUGGGCUGAUGCCUUGUUCCAAGUACAUCUUGCUGGUUGACAUGGUUCCUGUGGAUGGUUUCAGGUAUAAGUGGAAUAAAGAGAAAUGGGAAGUGGCUGGAAAAGCAGAGCCACAGCCCCCUUGCCGGACGUACCUGCAUCCAGACUCUCCAGCCCCUGGGAGCCACUGGAUGAAACAGACCGUGUCCUUCCUCAAGCUCAAGCUUACCAACAACACCCUAGACCAACAUGGCCAUAUCAUUUUGCACUCCAUGCAUCGCUACCACCCGCGCUUCCACAUUGUCCAGGCAGAUGACAUGUACAGUGUACGCUGGAGUGUAUUCCAGACCUUUACCUUCCCCGAGACCUCCUUCACCUCCGUCACUGCUUACCAGAACACUAAGAUAACCAAGCUGAAAAUCGACCACAACCCAUUUGCGAAAGGCUUUAGAGACGAAGGAACUAAUACGAAAAGGCGCGCUAACAGAAACCCAGCCUGCCCAGAGAAUAAAGCAAAGAAAAUGGAUUGUCUAAGCAGAGAGUCAGAUGAGGACAGUCCUCCUGACUUCCCCAGGUCAUCAUUUGAAGGAUACGAAGGAGAGCAAGCAGAACUCCCCAAAACCAAAGAGGAGGAAGUGGUGAAAGAGGAACGCUACUCCCCCUGGGGGCCUGAGAGGGAGCAUGGCCACCACGUCCGGACAGAUUCACCCCCUGGACCUGACGCCAGAGAAAUGUACAAUGCAGAGCAGCUAGUACCAGCCCCAGCUUCAUACCAGCCUUACAGGUUCCAUGAAUACGGGAAGUCUCCAUCUCCCUCCUCCAGCGUAGGCAGCAGCAACGGGGGUUCUGGACGCGCCAGCUUUGAGUCCAGAGUCUCUGAUGUAGCCACAGUCCCAGAGCAUGAGGCCUCCAAGCCCUCUACCCAUGAGAUCGGACCAUCUUCCUGUGGCACCCAGCCCUCUGCAGGACAUCACCAGGACUACACAGGGGUGCUCAACAUGGCCCAGGCAGGCAAGCCAGGGGUCCUCAGCCACCACAUUUACACCCCUUACAGCACCGAGCAGACCCUGGGCCAGUGGAGCGGCCCCAGCCCCGUCCAGUACCCUCCCCCUCACCACCUGCCCUCUGACUACAGUACCCCGGCUGUGCACCACGGAUAUCACCAUGGCAAUGUGGCUGAGUGGAGCCAGUACCCACUCUUCUCUUACUCGUGCUGGUGAAAGCAUCUCCUCAGUUUCUCCCAAAAGAGAAGGACUGCAGUCUCAUAAGUGACUCAGCGAGACCUCAUAAAUGCUACUAUGCCGUCAUACCUGUGUUUCUUCUGUCCCAAGUCCAACACCACACCCUGACUGCUUAUCCAGAGCUCACGGCCAUACUACAGUAUGCUGGGGCUGAAAGAGAAGGACCUGGGUCAGGAGAAAUGCCAACCAGCAGAGAGAAUAACGGAGUGGAACAGAGACAAUAUACUUCAGAAUGACUUACCAGAGUAGUGGUGUGGACUGGUUUGAUAUCACAACUGUCUUUAGGCCUAAGGCCUGAAAAAUGUAUGCGUUCCUCCCAGUGAAAUGUAUGUUUA